AGAGCCCUGACUUCAGACCAACUUCUGAACGACUGUCUAGGAAGGAACAGUACAUAAAGAGACGAACAGACAGACGGACCAGCUGCAAUCAUCAAGACCAGCAUCUUGGAAAAAACUUCUAAAGACCUUAUUCUGCUGAACCUUUUAGCCACAUUGAGAAUUGGUACAGAAUUUCUCAUCUUGGAAACAAGAACAUUAAAGAAUAAUGAAGUACUACCAGUGUCCAGUCACCCAGACUAUACACUAUGAGGGCUGCAAUCCAAAUGCCACUGGACCAGUGUCAUGCUCUCGUUCUCGGCCUUCCAUCAAACCUGUUCGCAAUGUUCACUUUCCCAAUGACAUAGUCUUCCAGGAUUAUGUCCGUCAAGGAGAGCUGGAGAGAAUUGGACGCUUCAUUAGAACCAGAAGAGUGCGCCUGGACACCAUUUACCAUUCAGGCAUGGCAGCCAUUCAUGAGGCAGUCCUAUCUGGAAACCUGGAGUGUGUGAAGCUUCUGGUAAAGUUUGGGGCUGACAUCACCCAGAGAGACGAGGACGGAUGGACUCCCCUCCACAUGGCUUGCAGUGAUGGCUUUCCAGAGAUAGCUAAGUACUUGCUUUCCUUGGGUGCAGACACUGAGGCUGAAAAUGACUGUGGGGAGAAGCCUGCUGACCUUAUUGACCCAGACUGCAAAGAGCUGCUUGAACUCUUUGGGGUUGGUGGUGACUGAACUUGCAUCCCCUACCUGAAACUGAAGUUCUUCUGAUUGCUCUCCUCUUUUGUGGCAGUUGCCACAUUAAAAGUAUGGAGAAGAACAGCCACAGUGUAUACAGUGGAGCUGGUAGUUGAGACACCUUGACAGUGUGUCUGGAUAUAAUUGUCUGGUCCUGUGCAUUUGGGCCAAUGACAGCGAUUAGGAUGUGAGUUGCACUUGCCUUCACAGGAAGGAACUCUUCCAGUGGAGACGAUGCAGUGUUCUUGCUCUAAGCUAAUGUGAAUCACACAUCAGCUUUUCAGUGUCACUUUUUUAGUUAAUGCAUUCUAUUGCGAAACAUGAUUAUUAUGUAACAGAUCAAUGCACUGUUGUUAGAGUUUGAUAAAUAGCACCUUGUGUGAUAUUUUUUUUUAAAUCAAUUUACAUGUAAAACCUGACAUUGUACAGAAAGUCUUAAUUUUAUACAUACCUGGAAUAAAAGUUUUAUACAUAAAUAUAUAUAAAUAAAUUUGUCUGUUAUUUAAAGUCA